GUGUACCUCAGCAACCAUGGCAUGUUUGAGGGCCACCACCGCCGCACUCCUUCUCACCCUUGCGUCGUCGGCCGCGGCCACCACGACAAAGUUCAACAUUACCGAGGUCCUCAACAAAUCCCCGGAGUUCUUGACCUUCAACAGCCUUCUGUCGAAGACGAAUCUCGCUGAGGAAAUCAACAAGCGGCAGACCAUCACCGUUCUCGUGGUCGACAACUCCGCUGCCAGCGGCAUCACGUCGCUGCCCACAGACACGCAGAAGAAGGUGCUCGCCGUGCACGUCAUCCUCAACUACUACGAUCCCAUGAAACUUGAAAACAUCGAGAAGGGGACGGCGCUCCUUACCUCGCUCUUCCAGACUACCGGCGCCGCCACCGACCGCAUGGGGUUCGUCAACUACACCCAUAGCGCGGACGACCAGAUGGUGUUUGGCUCAGCCGAGCCCGGCGCACCGCUCAGCUCGCAGCUGGUGAAGGUCGUUGCGUGCCGACCAUACAAUCUAUCCGUCAUGCAGGUUAGCGCAGCAAUCAUUCCACCAAGCAUCAGCUCGUCGGGCAAGGGGAGCUCCGCGGCACCCGGUCCAGCCUACGGUUCAUCGUCCAACGCGAGUGUCCCGACCAUUACCGAGGCUGAGACGCUUGAAUCGCCCGACGAGGCCAGUGCGCUAGACGAUGACGCUCCUGCAUCAUCGCCACCAGUGCAUAGCGCUGACGCGGCCGCAGGCGCGCACACUUCGGCGGGGAACACAGUGGUGGUCCGCACACGUGUUUGGCUCGUGGGGCUUGUGAUGUUGAUGGUUUAAAAUUCUACGCAGAGCAACGGCCGAUAUUUAGCUUUACACGUCUAGUUUUUUUUUGCGGGGAUUUACACGUCUAGUUGUGUAAGAAGUACUUGUGUAUGUUGGCUUGUUAUAAUUCAUUCG